ACGAACAAGACGGCGACCCGCAGGGGUCCUCACCCCCUCCCUUCCUCCCUUUAGGUGUCUUCAUAAAAUGCCCGUGGAGAAUCCCCUCUUUUUUCGCCCCGCUCCCAAGAUGGCGUCGAUGCGGGAGAGCGACACUGGCCUGUGGCUGCACAACAAACUGGGCUCCACAGACGAGCUGUGGGCGCCGCCGAGCAUUGCCUCGCUGCUCACAGCUUCGGUGAUCGACAACAUCCGCCUCUGUUUCCACGGCCUCUCCUCGCCCGUCAAGCUCAAGCUACUCCUCGGGAUGCUGCACCUGCCCCGCCGGGCGGUGGAUGAGAUGAAAGGGGCACUGACUGAAAUUAUCCAGCUCGCUACCUUGGAUUCAGACCCCUGGGUCUUAAUGGUAGCUGAUAUUUUAAAAUCCUUUCCAGAUACUGGGUCCCUUAACCUUGAUCUUGAAGAACAGAAUCCCAAUGUUCAAGAUAUUUUAGGAGAGCUUAGAGAAAAAGUAAGUGAAUGUGAAACUUCAGCUAUGUUGCCGCUGGAAUGCCAAUACUUAAACAAAAAUGCCUUGACGACACUGGCUGGGCCACUUACUCCCCCAGUGAAACACUUCCAGCUGAAAAGGAAACCUAAGAGUGCCACACUCAGAGCUGAACUCCUGCAGAAGUCAACAGAAACUGCACAACAGCUCAAGAAGACUGCAGGAGUGCCUUUCCAUGCCAAAGGCAGGGGACUGGUCAAAAAGAUAGAUACAACAACACCACUCAAAGGAAUACCAAAACAAGCUCCAUUCAGGAGUACUUCAGCACCUAGUGUAUUUAGUCCUUCUGGAAACAGAACUCCUAUUCCUCCUUCAAGAACACCUUUGCGCAAAGAAAGAGGAGUAAAGCUUCUAGAUAUCUCUGAGCUGGAUAUGGUAGGUGCUGGCCGUGAAGCAAAGAGAAGAAGAAAGACAUUAGAUACAGAAGUUGUGGAAAAGCAAGCCAAAGAAGAAACAGUAGUAGAAAAUGCUACCCCAGAUUAUGCUGCUGGCCUGGUGUCUACACAGAAACUUGGCUCCUUGAACAAUGAGCCUGCACUACCUUCUACAAGUUACUUACCUGCUACCCCCAGUGUGGUGCCGUCUUCCUCGUAUAUCCCAAGCUCUGAAACACAGCCAGCUGGCUCUGCACGAGAGGCCUUGCAGACUAACAGGCAGACUGAAGAACCUGCAGCUCCAAAUGCUACUACAACUCUUCCUGCACAAUUCAAACAAAGAACACCCAUGUACAAUAGCAACUCUAAUCCACCUGCAGCUACACCUACCUCACCCCUGACACCUACCACACCUCCUGCCAUUUCCCCUGCGGCACAAGCACCACAAGUGGCCCCCCAAACUCAGCAACAGCCACCACCGAAGAAAAGCCUCUCUCUCACAAGGGAGCAAAUGUACGCCGCACAGGAAAUGUUCAAGACUGCAAACAAAGUUACAAGGCCAGAAAAGGCUCUUAUACUUGGAUUCAUGGCAGGAUCCAGAGAGAAUCCUUGCCAAGAGCAAGGUGACAUCAUCCAAAUUAAACUUAGUGAGCAUACAGAAGAUUUACCAAAGGCAGAUGGCACUGGCAGCACCACUAUGUUGGUUGAUACGGUCUUUGAAAUGAACUAUGCUACUGGUGAAUGGACCAGAUUCAAGAAGUACAAACCUAUAACUAAUGUUUCCUAAGAGGUGCCACAACAGCAGACUGGACCAAAUCAAGCUUAGGGUCAACCAGCUCAUAGAGUAUGUCAACUGUACACCCGAACACCACUUUGUACAUUUCUUAUUACCCGCCAGAGUAGAAGUUGUGGCUCUUCAACCUAACUGAGCUCAGUAAACACAGAAGAUGAUG